ACCGCCAUAAAACACAAAAGAAGAAGUAACGUCAGUUUGUUGUUGGCUUGCUAGAGAACAGUCGUAAUAAAGUGUGCGUUUACCAUGUCGAGACGGUGUUAUUUUCACCCCGACUGCAAAUCUCCUAUAUAUGGCCUUCCCAAGGAUGACGAAAUUAGGGAGCAAUGGUUAAAUUUUAUUUUUAACUCGGGUUCUGAACAUAACAACCCCAACAUAUUUCUGUGCGCUGCGCAUUUUACAGAUGACAGCUUCCUUAAUCGCGGGGAAUACAAUGCUGGUUUCGCACAAAGGCUUAUCCUGAAAAAUUCAUCAGUUCCCACUUUAUCAGGACAACAUGAUAAUGGACCAAAACCUGAUGUAGAUGAGGAUUGUGGUGAAUCUUCGGUGUAUGUAAAUGAUGGGAGCACCUCAGAAAGUCUGGAUUUAGUGAUCACCGAACAAGAUCAGCCACUGAUGGACAAACAUAUCUCUGAAGAGACAUCCGUUCCCACACAGGAAUCGGAGCUCAAUCUCACUUUACUCUGUUAUAGCGAGUCAAGCCCCGCAGACGCUCAUAUUACGGUCACUGUGUGUGACAGUGAUGAUCACGAUGAGGAGAUCCCGCAGACAACAGUGAAGACGUCUUCAGUCGGAGUGGGGGAUUGCAGAAACCAGAUGGCGAAAAAAACAGAAAUCAUAGUAGUGGAAAGUGACAGUGAUGAUGAAGAAGAUGACGAAGAAGAGGAAGAAGUAGAAGAAGAAGAAGAAGAUGAUAAGGAUGAUGAUGGUGAUGAUGAUUUUGUCCCUUCGGAUGAGCAUUGUGAUGAUGAAGAUGAUUUCAUUCCUUCAGAUGAGAUCAAUCAAUCUUCUGAUGAAGAUAAAGCAAAACAAAUACACAAGUGUCCACACUGUGAGAAGAAAUUUUCCUAUACGUGGAAGCUUAAGUCACAUGUGCGUUUACACACCAAGGAGAAACCGUUUCAAUGCAGCGUAUGUGGAAAAACUUUUAGGCUUUCCGGUUCUUUAAAGUCACACGAAAAAACACACAGCGAGGACAAACCCUUUCCAUGUUCACACUGCGAUAAACGUUUCAGGAAUAAACAUCGUGUGAUGGUCCACGAAAGAGUUCACACCGGAGAGAAACCGUACCUGUGCCAAGACUGUGGGAAGAGCUUCUCUAAUACAAAUGCUUUUAAAUUGCAUCAAAGAGUUCACACCGGAGAAAAACCGUAUCAGUGCACUCAAUGUGAAAAGAGCUUCGCACGUCACAAGUCCUUUAAAAUUCAUCAGCGAGUCCACACUGGAGUAAAACCUUAUCCGUGUAGUUUUUGUGGGAAGAGUUUCACUCGACAGGACAAUUUGGCGACGCACCGGAGAAUUCAUACGGGAGAAAAACCUUACAAGUGCACUCAGUGUGAUUUGGGAUUUACACAAGCAGUUCUCCUGAGACUCCAUCAGAAAAAACAUACUGGAGGAAAACCUUAACAUUUGUAGAGAUAUUCAGUCAUGUAGGACCUUUAAAAGACUCAUCAUGCUGAAGAACAGAUUGUGAAAAUGACAUUCACAAAAAAAAUGUUACAAGCACUAUUUUACAUUUGUAGAAACUUUGUAUUUUGACAAUAAUAGCAGAUUUAAUUAGAUUUUGCACUCCAGGUUCUGCUUCACUAGAAGAUUUUUCUACAUUUCUAGUUUUGUGCCAUUUAUAAUGUGAUCUUUUUUAUGUUUAUGCAUGUAUGCGUAUUUAUUUAUUUUAUACAUAUAAUUAUAAAUACAUUUUAAGGAUU